UAUGUAUUAGUGAGGUAGAGGGACGCGCUGUUUGUUGGAGGACUUCUCGACUUGUAGUGGUCACACUGCCAGUUGAAUCAAUAGUGAAUAAUCGUAGCGAGCUCAACUAUCCUGCACCGUUCCUUUUCCAUGGCUGAAAUUAUCGUCGUAAACAGGGUGACUCCAUUCCAUUUCAACUUUGCGGUAUUGAUUUGCUGGUAUAUAUACAUAUCGAGAAUCUAAGCGAACCGACAACGGAACAAGGCAACUCGAAGGUGCCCUUGUCCGAGUCGACGGUUCUCGAAAAUCAACACUUGUUGCGUUUUGUCUCUCCCGCUAACAACUGAAACUUAGUGUUGGCUUGCGAAGCAAGUGAGUGCGGCGUGGCUACUAGGAGCCCUACUGAGAUCGGUGAAACAUCAGCCGUGUUCACUACAUACAGAGCUGUGCAAAAUCAAUGGGAAAAUACUCGUCUCGUUGAUAUGGGAAUGGACUGAUAAAAUGUAAAGUCUGUUUGCAUUUAGCUGUCUAUUUAAAACUGUUUUUCACGCAUAAUGCAGCCCGCUCAAAUGCCAUCUGACGAAUUGUUUGAAUCGGAAAGCUUGCACUAAGGGAUCAACAUGUGGCUUCACAUACGCAUGCGCAAAUGAUGCGAGUAAUUGAGGGGAAUGGAAAGAUGGCGGUGACAUAUAGCUUCAGUGCUUAUUUUGUAUAUUCAACAUGUGUGAUGUGCCGGCUAAGCUACAACAGAUAAAUAUAAGCCAAAUAAAAGCUGGCGGAUUCGAUGUGAACUCUGUUUGAAUUUAAGUAGGUAUGUCGCUAGUCAUUGAGUUCCCAUCCUUCGUCUGGACCAGCACCAGUUUGUAUAGAGUUUGUGAAGAAACGAAGAAGAAACGGGGAUACGUGUUACCGAGGGAAUUUAGUAGCAAAGGCGUAUCCGGAGGACCGGACCUCGACAUAGCCACAAGUUGUUUUGUUUGUUACCAAAAUAAGUGUUCGUCGUUAUUCCAGUUAUUUUCUGGGAAGGAAUAUAAAAUAAUUCCCACACCAGGAUUUCCAUUUGGAUAACUGGAUGAAUAUUUACGCCAGGUUCCGCGUCCACCUUUUAAUGCUUUUCUUAAAUUUUCAACCAUUUUUCUCAUCUUGUUCUGAACUAUGACAUUGUGUCAUGUGGCAGCCUCGCUAUAUGAAAAGCCGAGUUCAUCAUACAAAGAGGCCUGUCAUCUACGAAGCAUCGUUACAGCCUGUUUUCUUCUGCUGAUGGGUUUUGUUCACGGUUGUAAAAGUAUUCUACACUCGGGAACAAAAUUGCCCACCUACCCCUCAGCUAGCUCGUGUGAGUUCAGGUACGAUGGGGGGAGUACCGGUUCCCCCUACUCUAAUCGGUCCCAGUGCCUUUACCUUAAUUCUCAAUUCAGUGAAAAUAUUUGCAAUAUUAGUAAAACACUACGGAGACAGGAAUUAGGGAAAUACCAUUUGAAGUUUUGUUUCGAUUAUCCCGUGUACAAGGUGAUUCCAAACAAGGAUAUAUCCCAUGAAAUCGAGGAUACAGGCUGUUUAAAUUAUCUUCAGAAAAUUAUAUUUUUGGAUCUGGAGAUUGCAAAAAUGUACGAGGAAUUUAAGCAGAUAAUGUUUAAGUACGACUGCUACCAGACGAAGUAUUCCGUGAAAUGGACCUGUGAGCAUUGUGAGACUGCGUAUAGAAAGUGGCUAUGCUCAUUACAUAUAGACUACUAUCACCCGUGCUACUACGAUAGAGACACACCAGUCCCACCCUGUCCAGACACGUGUAUGGAGGUAGAGCGCAAGUGCCCAUUUUUUCGUCCAAAUACGUCCUACGCUCAAGCAGGAGACCCUAGCUUUAUAUGCAAAGAUCGUGAUAUAUACAAGGAAGAACCUUAUUCCAGUUGUUAUAGAGAGUGUCACCUCAGUUCAAAUGAAUGUGAAUUUCCGUGCAAAUCGGAGGAGACUACCACCUCCUCACCAUCAGCUAUCAUAAAUGAAUCUACCGAUUCCACCAAAAUGACACCACGAAGCAAUUCAAGUGAACGACUUGCGCUUCGACAGACAUCAACUAUUCUCAACGUUGUAUUAUAUGUUUUAAACCUGUGUGUGAUUAGGACUUUGUCUCAAUAUCUAUCUAUAGGUUGGACAUAGAUAGGAUUCUUGUAUAUAGUGUAUAUUAUUUCUAUGAGUAUAUAAUAUAACCAUAUUGCACUAUUACUAAUGUAUAUUAUGAAGGAACGAGAUAGUAUGCGUGGAAUAUUUUGCCAAUUGUUUAGUUAUGACACUGAAAUCGUUUCUAAAAAUGAAUUAUGCUAAUGCUAUGAGCAGCAGAAUUAUAGUUGAAUGACGUCAAUAUUGAUCCAAUAUGUUAAAUCAUUCUUUAUCACAUAAUUACUGCGUUAUUAAGUGAUUACACCCAUGUCAUACAGUUUGCGGUAUAUUUCAUAAAAUAAUAAUUGAAUGAUGUUAUAGACUUACAUAUUAUCUUACGACGUCACAAUGAAGAUAAUAGAUAAACAGUCAAGAAAGUGGAAUUUUAAAAUCAGGAAUCACAUAGAAGAAAAACGUGUUUUCGCAAUGUUCAUAAAAAGUCUUGAUUAUGUUAUUAAAAGUAAACUUAAAUUAGUUUCUAUUUCGAAGUAUAUUAUGAAAUAACAUAAGCAUGUAAUAUAUUUUUCAUUUUAGCUAAAAAAUUGAAAUAUAUUCUUCGAUUUGUUUCAUCAAUUUUAUAUCAAAUGGAAACUCGUGUAAAAUCCUAUAUUUCCGCUAAAUAAACACAGUACUUAUUCUGUGUAACGUAUCAGCACUUCCAUAUACAUUCAGGGAUCCACUUAUUUUAACCCAAUACGAUGCAUAUUUGAUGAUGUUUAAUUUAUUAGCUAUUUCUUAGAUAUCUAUGAUUUUACAAGUUUGAAUGCUUAUUUAUCCUAAGUUUCGUCUUUGUUGAUGGUUUGUUAGCUACUGUUGUAAAUCGCCUAUUCUGACCUAUAUAUAUGUUACUCUGCUGCUGUUUGUUUCAAUAGCAGGUUGUAACGUAUUUUUGCAUUUGUGGUUUGUGAGACUCAGAAGUGUACCAUAAACACUUUCAAGUUAUCAGUGAAGGAGUAGGGAAGGGGGUAUCAAGCGUUGUCCAUGGUUUUUUUCUUCAGGGUCCGAAGCACGCAAAUAGCAUCACAUGGAAUUUGUAAAUCAACAACAAAAUCACUAUGGUUAUAACAGACGAUGUAUAUUUUGAUUAUCGUGUUAUACUAUUUGUAAUACGGUGUAAACAUCUGAUGUGACCUUUUCAGUAUGGAUUGUCAUAUCUUUUAUAAAAAUCAUUCGGUUGUCAACAUUCAAAUAAUUAUUUUACGGGUUUUAUCGUACACACUUUACAGAAUAAAAGUAAAAAACGAUUCUGUUAUUUCGAUAACAAAAAGGUAACACAUAAUUAUGGUUUCUUUUCGUAAUAGAUUAUAAAUAAUCAAGUGCAUAUCCUGUUAAACGACAAUUUUGAUUAGCAAAUGGUUACGACCAUUCGAUCGUGUAAGUAUGCUAUUAGUACUUCACUUUUUCGCAUUUUACAACAAAAAUGUGCCAAAUUAUUCCCGGAGAUCGCACAACUAGUAUCGUUUAGCCUAUGUUUUAGCAUUUUUUGUUUAUCAGAUAUGUUAGGGUUGGAUAAGUAAAAAUAAUUUGCUUAACGUUCGUUUUUAUAAUAAGGGUAUACUAUUUUAGAUGUAUUAAUAUGAUUUGUUUUAUUUCAAUGUAAGUUCUCACAGUUAUUUGCAUAAACGUUUGCACAGAUUUUAUGUUUUAGCAUUAGCUCCUAAACACAUGUUUGAUGUAUUUCAUGUUGGUAUGCAUUCUACGUUUUAACGUUAAUUCUAUCAAAUAGAUUUGAUAUUUCCAGCUAUGUUUAUAUACAUAGAUAUAUUCUGUUUUAAGUUACCCGACUAUUUUACUAUAAAUAAUAUGUUUUAAAAUCGAUUCUCACUACUAGAUUGGAAAGUAUCAGAUACAUUCACCUGAGUUUAUGCUAGAGCAUCAGUUUUCACCACAAGAUGGUGACAUGCGUUAUAUAUCAAACAUCAUCUGUUUAUCGCAUGACCUAUGAAUGGUGUAAAUAUAAACGGGAGAAAUUAGAAAAAGGGGAACAAGAAAUGUCAGUUUUUAUCGUAUAGAUAAGUAUCAAGUGGAUCAAAGUGACGAUUACAAUUUGUGCAUGCUACAUUUACCUAACUUCAUUCUGGAUGAUAAAAGUUCACAUUUCUUUGAACAAAUUUAUAACAAAUUUUAUCUUGUACAAAUUGACACGCUUCAGCUUCAUUUAACUAAACGUUUUUAUUUAUUCACCUUUAUUUAUUUAUUUAUUAUGUUUUAGUUCGAGUUGUGUUUAAAUAUUUAUGUGAUAUAAAGCAUUGUAGAAUUACACGUUAACAUAUUUUAGGAUGUAGGUGCCAGCAUCCUCCGUUUCUCGCGUUCUGUUUACACGCAGUUAAUGCGUUGUUGAUAGUUUCGUUUUAACAAAUAAGCAAAAAACAUUAGCGUCAUAUUGUUCAAUAUUAUACGUAUUUAGCUCAAACAUCAGUACAUUGUUCCAUUGUAAAUAUCUAUACAUACAAUUAGAUUUAAAUGUAUAAUGAUAUCUUCCAAGUGGAUGUCGGCGAAUAAUAUCAAACCCAAGGUGGAUGUUCCACGUGAUGGAGUGUCUUGUGUGUGUAUGUAGUGUAUCAGUACAGAAGGUAAGUGAUGUGUUGUCUACGAAGAGACAAAGUAUGGCUGUGUGAACGUUCCGUCGCGAUGACAAAUGACUGGGAUGUUUUAAGGAAGGCGAUUUCUGAAUGAGUGGGCAUGCGUGGUUUUAUAUAAAUUUAAACUACAAAACAUCAUGUUAUUUAAUUCGAAUUGUGUGAUUGUAUAAUGGCAUGCAAGUGUGUAGUGGCGUUCGGAUUGCAAUAUAUUUAAUAUGUGUGUUUUGUUUGAAACUUAAAACUUUUAUAUACAGUCAAUGAAAACUGAAAGCCAGUCCAGUACAUGCAACAUGUGUGCUGUCUCUGCCUGUAUUAUUUUUAAGACUAUUGUCAUGUCAGAUCGUAGUCACAUUCAGAUGACGAUUCAUAGGAUUUGGAGUAUUUGUUUAUACAAUGGAGUUAGCUGUUAAUAGGAAUUAAUCAAAAUAUUGAUAUAUUAUGGAAAACGUGUAUAAUGAUAGAAUAUAUAUAUAACUAGGAUUCAAAAAGUUUGAAGGAAAAACUAAUGAAGCCCGAAAGGAACGAGUUAAAUAUUUCUUUUAAACACUUUUAAAUCCUGAGUUGUAUAUCUUACGAUUGUCAACCAUCGUGUACACAUAUAUUGAUUAUAUAUAUUCUACCACAUCAAAUGCAACUCAAUACAACUAACUAACAAGGCGACAUGAUCUAGAAAUGAAGGGUAGAGUUUGGAGUAGCGUCACCGUUGCUCUUUUGUCCAAUAAUAACCCAUAGUUAUUGACCGAUGAAAAACGCCCUUACAUCACCCACGUGGUAGAACGUUAGACAAAUAUUCCCAUUUGUUACGGAUUAGAAUAAUACCUCAAAGCACUGUUAAUCCAUUUUAUCACCUGGUUGACAAGAAUGUAUCGCAUACUGUUCCCAAAUAUAACUCCAUCCCCC